AUGGCCGUUCCGCUGGCUCUUGGCGACGAUAGUGGAAUUACUAUUGCUCAUCCCGGUACCGUACAAGACAUGAAGGUCACCGAGGAAAACACGCUGAACGGUACAUAUCAUGAUGCUGAGACAACGAUCGUCUCCGCCGCUGUUAUUUCUCGACGUUCGGGAAACCCACUCUCCUUUCAGUUCGUCAACAACUUUUCCGGGCGGGCUGUCAAUGCCUACUUUGUCGGCCUGGACCCCCAAAACCGCGUCGUGUUUGUCCGACAAAACGGCACCCUCAUCUACCCCAGCUCCGGCGGGUCUGGCGUGCCCGUGCCCGUCCGAGAAGACGUCAAGAUUGCGCUCCCCGGCAAAGGGCGGAUCCUCAACAUGACGCUCCCGAUCCCGCUCGAGUCGGGGCGCAUCUACUUUUCCGAGGGCGAGCUGCAGUUCUCCAUGGUGCGCAACGGCGACGGCGGCGACAGCCUCGUGCAGCCGUCCGUGACCAACCUCGACGACCCCAGCGCGGGCACCAACUGGGGCUUCGUCGAGCUGACGCUGACCAAGGACGGCGCCGUGUACGCCAACAUCAGCUACGUCGACUUCAUCGGCAUGAUCCUCGCCAUGGACCUGGCCACGGGCGACGGCGCGCCGAAGCAGGUGACCAAGGGCCUCGCGGGCGGCGCCAUGCCCAAGAUCUGCGACGACCUGCGCCGGCAGGGCGCCCGCGACGGCCGGCCCUGGGGCAAGAUGUGCAUCGCCAACGGCGCCGGCGCCGCGGUGCGCGUGCUCUCCCCCAGAGACUACACCGUCAUCGACCCCCACAGCUUCGCCGACUACUGGGACAGCUACGUCAACGACGUCUUUGCCAAGUACGCCCAGCAGCCCCUCAUUGUCAACACCCAGGGCGAGGCCGGCAACGUGAGCUGCCGCGUCGACGGGGACCAGCUCACCUGCGCCGGCGACGACCGCGCCUUCCAGAAGCCGUGCGCCGCCGACAUCUGGGGCUGCAACGGCGGGCCGUUUGAGAACCGCGGCAACGGCGUGCACCUGGCCGCCGUCGCGCGCAUCUGCGCUGCCUUUGUCCGCGGCACGCUCCUCAUGCCGGGUGGCGACGUGCAGCCGAGCCUGCCUGCCAGCGCGUACUACGGCGAGGGCCCGGCGGACCACUACAGCCGCCUCAUCCACUAUCACGAGGUCGAUGGCCGAGGCUAUGCGUUCCCAUACGACGAUGUCAAUCCUGGUAAAGAGGAUGCCUCUGGCACUGUUUCCUCUGGCCGUCCAGAGACAUUGACUGUCUAUGUUGGUGGCUACUCAGGGUAG